UAUGUUAGUAAACAAUCGGUGGUUACAUGCUUCUUCUUUUUUCUUCCUAUCCAAUUCUUGAUUUAGAAAUAUGCAACAAAAAUAAAAACAUUCUGUGCUUGGAAUUUAGUAACUGAGCUCAGCUUUUGGAAGCUACCUAUGUUGUUUGUGCUCCAUGGAUGAUAAACCCCACCUGUGUCGUCUUUUUUCUGGUACAUCAUUAGACAAUCUGAGCUAAUUAUACGCUUUUUUGGUAACUGUGAGAAACAUAAUUUGCAUAGAAUGAAGGGCAAAAGAAAGAAGUGAAAAACGAUGGUUUCGGUGUUGAGAGUGAAGGAGACGGAAGAACAAGUGUAACUGCAUUGAUUGGGAAUUUCGUAUUCAUUCUUUUUUCUUUUUCUUUUUGUUUGCGUGUGUCGAGAAGAAAUUUUGGAAAUGUCAACUGGAGUCCAAAACCAGGGGACAAUUAGGGAGCACUUGAAGGAACAGCUUGCUCUUGCUGUGAGGAAUAUCCAAUGGAGCUAUGCAAUCUUCUGGUCAAUUUCAGCUGCACAACCAGGGGUACUGGAAUGGGGUGGCGGGUAUUAUAAUGGUGACAUAAAAACCAGGAGGACGACACAAGCUAUAGAACUCAAUGGAGGAGACCAUAUGGAUUUGCAUAGAAGUGAGCAGCUAAGAGAACUAUAUGAAUCCCUCUCGGGCAUUGAAUCCAAUCCACAAACUCGUAGAAGGCCUUCAGUUGCGUUAUCCCCAGAAGAUCUUGCCGAUACAGAAUGGUAUUACUUGGUUUGUAUGUCCUUCAUCUUCAACAUUGGGCAAUGUUUGCCCGGACAAAGUUUAGCAACUGGUCAAAUGAUUUGGCUAUCCAAUGCACACUGUGCAGAUAGCGAAGUGUUCAGUCGGUCUCUGCUUGCUAAGAGCGCAUCAAUCCAGACUGUUGUGUGCUUCCUGUUUUUGGAUGGCAUCAUUGAGCUUGGCACAACCGAACUGGUUUUGGAAGAUCGUAAUCUCAUUCGAUAUGUCAAAACCUCCCUCUUAAAGUCUUCAGACUUGAAGAGAUCCGACCCUUAUGCUAGAGAUACUACUGAAGAAAGCAUAAUGAUUUCAGUAGAAGCAGAGGAAGGAAUAACUUCACUUAAUACCAGUUCGAAUGGGCUUGAUCCCAACCAACAACUUGAUGACUCGUGUGUUAUUGGAGAAUUAAAUGGGGUUGCUUCCCGAAUACAAAGUUGGCAGAUCAAGAAUGAUGAGCUUAGUUACCACAUCCAUCAAUCCGGAAAUUCCAGAGAUUCUAUUUCGCAAUCCUUCUUAGAAACUGGAACAUCCAUUUCAAUUCCUAAUAUUGAGAAGUCCAACGAUCAUUGGCCAGAAAACCUUCAAGAAUGCAAUAACGAAGAACUAAACAGGGUAGACCUUCGAGGUGACGUUUUGCACUACCAGACCAUGCUUUCAUCUAUCUUGAAAACCUCCAACGGAUUAAGAUCAGGACCACAUUGUGAAUGGGGUGAACCAGUGUCAAGUUUCAUUGGUUGGAAGAAAGGACAACUCAAAUGGCAGAGAGAAAAAUGCGUUCCACAGAAGUUGCUGAAGAAGAUCUUGCUUGAAGUACCUCAGCUGCAUGCGAGGAGCAUGCUCAACUUUUGCAGAGUAAGUUGCAAGGGAGAUGGGAUGUGGAUGGCUUUGAAAGAUGAACUCGGUCCAGACCAUACACUAUCUGGAAUUAGGCAAAGGGAAAAGAUAAACGAUCAGUUUUCUGUUCUUUACUCGAUCAUCCCAUCAGUAAACAAGGCUGACAAAGUAUUGAUACUAGAUGACACAAUCGAGUACGUGAAGGAGCUUCAGAGAAGGGUGGAAGAGUUGGAGUUGAGCAGGUCGUCAAACGAAUUAUUAGCAAUCUCUGGAGGAAAACCCCAAGAAAGUACAGAGAGGACAUCUGAUAACUGCUGCAGUCCUCGGAAGGGUCUCAGCAAGCGGCCAGUAGCUACAAAAAGGAAAGCUCACAACUGUGACGCGACAGAAACAGAUACCAGUUAUCUUAGAGAUGGUCCAAUUGAUUAUUUAAGUGUUCGUGUGAAUGAUGAAGACGUGCUAAUUGAGAUGAGGUGUCUUUGGAAGGAAGGAGUAAUGAUAGAGAUAAUUGAAGCUUUGAGCCAUUUCAGUUUGGAUUCUCACUCAGUUCAGUCAUCGAGCAGCGACGGUAUUCUUUCUGUGACCGUUCAAUCCAAGAGAUCAACAAGAACAAAAACAACAGCUGCAGCGAUCAAACAAGCGCUUUGGGGAGUCGCUCAGAAAUGCUGAAGAUCAUUUACUGACUGAUAUAUCCUUAGGAUAGCUUGACAAGUUAACCAUAAUCAUUUUGAGAAGUCAUUACUGAUGUUCUUCCUGAUAGGAUACUCUAAUAAAUGGAGAAUAAAUUUUUCGGAAA